AUGCUGGACAACCGCGAAGCCACUUCAUCCGAUUUCAACGCCAUUCGCAUUUCCAUAGCUUCACCGGAACAGAUCACUGGGUGGUCUUCAGGCGAGGUUCAAAAGGGCGAAACCAUCAACUACCGAACGCAACGGCCCGAAAAAGACGGGUUGUUCUGUGAGCGCAUUUUCGGCCCCACCAAGGACUGGGAAUGCCAGUGCGGCAAGUACAAGCGCCAGAAGUACAAGGGCGUGGUGUGCGACCGCUGUGGCGUUGAGGUAACUCGGGCGAAUGUUCGCCGCCAGAGGCUGGGGCACAUUGCCCUGGCAGCCCCGGUGGCCAACAUCUGGUUUGUCAAAAACACGCCCAGCGUGAUGAGCCUGGCCCUUGACCUGAAACUAUCCGACCUCACCCGCGUGCUCUAUUACUCGGCCUACGUGAUCAACCAGGUCGACAUCGACCUGAUGCGCGAGCAACUGGAGCGACACAGCACGGAAGUUGACGAAUUGCGGGAAGGGCCCCUGUCUGUUGCUUACGGCGCUUGGCAGCGCAUCGCCGACCGCGUGGGGGAUUGGGCACUGGAAGGUAGCCUGCACGAAUCCGUGUCGAUUAUCACCGGCCCGUCGCAAAACCUGCCGCCGGCGGUCCACGCCGCCAAGUCUGCCCUGGAUCGGCUGGACGGCGCCCAGGACCCCCAGGAUAGUGAUUUCGCUGCCGAUCUGGAAUACCUGAUCGCAUUGGCGGCCGAAGGCACCAAGGCCGAGCGCGCCACCUACGAGGUCGGACGCCUGCUGCUGGCGGAAGGGGUCAUCGACUCCCCCGACAAGCUUGCCAUGGCGGCGAUCGAGGGCGACCAGGUUGCAGUGGCGAUCUCGGGCCUUCACCACGGCAGCGUGCCCAUUACCGAAGCGCUGGAACGGCAAUCCUCGUGCGCCCAGGCCGUGGUCGACGCCUUCAAUGCUUGGCGCGAUGAUCAGACCGAAGAAAUGCGGGACAAUCUGGUCGACGCGAUAGAGCGCCUGCGGGAUGACAUCACGAUUGUUUACGACGAGGCACUGGCGCCCGCGGUCCGUGGAGUGGCCGGCGCGGUGACAGGCGUCGGCUCCGCGUCGUUCGGAGCGACCGCACAGCAACCCCUGUCGGACGAUCUGGCCGAGAUCGAACACGCCCUCACUACGGUCGAGCAGGCCGUUCGGAGCUGGAACUACCGCCGGUCGGAUGACAAUCCCGAGGGGCGCGGCUGGAAUCUGCCGGCGUUCAACGCGCUGCUGGACCGAUUGCAGCCCGACAGCAGCGACAUGAAAGUGAUCGGAGAGCUGGAAAACCGCAUCGAGUUCAUCCAGGUCGAUAUAACGCCCGAAAAUCAGCAAAAGGAAAUCUCGCUGUGGCGGCGGCAACUGCCCGUGCUCCGUGAUCUGAUCGGAGUGGUCGACGAUUACCUUUUGCGGGCCGUGUCCGAACGGCGCAAGGAAGCAGUGGACCUGAUCCAGGCCAUGCGUUGGCUGCGUUGGGAUCCUUCCCAACGUCCGCGCACCAUGGAUGUUGACUGGCUAUGGGACGACCUGAAGCUGCCAGCCGCAGCGCGGAACGAAACCGAGCUCCCCGACGAGUUCUACAUCGCCCGAAGCGGCUCGCCGGGUCUGCACCUGACCACCCUGUCCACCAGCCGCUAUGACCGGUUGAAGCCCUUCUGGGGCGAGGCUUUCGACGCCGAGAUGGGCGCGGAGCCGAUGUUGGAAUCUUUGAAACUGCUGGACACGGACCUGGACCAGGAACGGUAUUACACCGAACUGGAAAUGCGGGCGACUUCUUCGCAGAUCCGCACCAAGGCCGGCAAGCGCAUGCGCCUGCUGGAAACCUUCCGCCGCAGCGAAAACCGGAUGCAGGACAUGGUUAUGACCGUCCUGCCAGUGCUCCCGCCCGAACUGCGACCGAUGGUUCAGCUCGAUGGCGGCCGGUUCGCCACCAGCGACCUCAAUGACCUGUACCGGCGGGUGCUCUCACGCAACCACCGGCUCAAGCGCUUUGCCAGCAUGCGCGCCCCAGGCCUGAUGAUCCGGAACGAAAAGCGGAUGCUCCAGGAAGCGGUUGACUCGCUGAUCGACAACGGUCGGCAAGGCAAGGCGGUCAAGGGCAAGCGCGACCAUGCGCUGAAGUCCCUUAGCGAUCUGCUCAAGGGCAAGCAGGGCCGGUUCCGGCAGAACCUGCUGGGCAAGCGGGUGGACUACUCGGGUCGUUCCGUGAUCGUCGUAGGCCCCGAGUUGAAAAUGGACGAGUGCGGCCUGCCCAAGCGGAUGGCCCUGGAGUUGUUCAAGCCUUUCGUGAUGCACCGGUUGGUGUUGAACUCCCUGGCUCCCAACAUCAAGGCAGCCAAGCGAAUGGUCGAGCGUUCCUCGCCCGAGGUUUGGCACAUCCUCGAAGACGUCAUCAAGGACCGCCCGGUAAUGUUGAACCGGGCGCCCACCCUGCACCGGCUGGGCAUCCAGGCUUUCAAGCCGGUACUGAUCGAAGGCAGCGCCAUCCAAUUGCACCCGCUGGUGUGUUCAGCGUUCAACGCCGACUUCGACGGCGACCAGAUGGCGGUACACGUGCCCUUGUCGGCCAUGGCAGUGUACGAAACCGGGACGGUCAUGCUCAGCAUCAACAACAUGCUGUCCCCGGCCUCCGGAGACCCGUUGGUCGCUCCCACGCUCGACAUGGUGAUGGGCUGCUAUUACCUCACGGAAUUGAUCUCGGAUGGCAAGGGCGCCGGCGGAGUGUUCUACGAUAUCGACGAAGUCCGCAUCGCGUACUCCGAUGAGCAAGUCGACCUUCGCGCCCCAAUCACGGUGCUGAAGGUACCCGGGACGGAUGGGAAGAUCGAAACCACCAUGGGCCGGCUGAUCUUCAACGAGAUCAUUCCCAAUGCCCUGGGAUACAAGAACCAAUUGAUGGACCGGGGCGCCAUCAAGGACCUCACGUCGGAACUCUACCGCAAUCUGUCCAACGAAGAGACGGCGCGAGCCCUGGACAGCAUCAAGGAAAUGGGCUUUAACUACGCCACCAAGUCCGGCAUCACCAUCGCUAUCAACGACAUCCAGGUGUCGGAGCGCAAGCAGGGCAUCCUCGAAUCGGCGGGCCAAAAAGUGGCCGAGCACGAGGACAACUUCAUGAUGGGAAUGAUGACGGAGGAGGAGAAGUACGAGCGGAUUAUCGAUACUUGGACCCGGGCGUCCGACGACAUGCAGCAGGUGGUCGAGUCCGAGAUGGCCAACUACGGCGGUGUUGCCGUGAUGGCCAAAUCGGGAGCCAAAGGCAACAUUUCGCAGAUCAAACAGAUGGCCGGAAUGCGCGGCCUGAUGAGCGACCCGGAAGGGCGGAUCAUCGAACGGCCGGUCAAGUCCAGCUUCCGCGAAGGAUUGACCGCCCUGGAGUACUUCAUCUCCACCCACGGGGCCCGCAAGGGUCUAACCGACACCGCCCUGCGGACCGCGGACAGCGGCUACCUGACCCGGCGGUUGGUGGACGUUUCCCAGGAAGUAAUCGUCCAGGAGUCGGACUGCGAGUUCGCGGAACCGUUCUACGUGGAGCCGCGACCCGACGACCCGACGCUGUCUAACCUUCCGGAGCGCAUACUCGGUCGUAUGGCCGGGGACGUGAUCGCGGACCCGACCAGCGGCGAGAUUAUCGUCGACCGCAAUGAGAUGAUCGACGAGGGGUUGGCUGCCGCCAUCCGUGAUGCCGGUAUCGACCGGAUACCCGUGCGGUCGCCGUUGACCUGCCAAACCCGCCGGGGCAUCUGCCAGAUGUGUUACGGCCGGCUGCCGGCUACCGGCAAGAUCGUCGAGAUCGGACAGGCUGUGGGUGUUAUCGCAGCCCAAAGCAUCGGCGAGCCCGGUACCCAGUUGACCAUGCGCACGUUCCACACGGGUGGCAUCGCCGGCUCCGACAUCACCACGGGCCUGCCCCGGGUGCAGGAGCUGUUCGAGGUACGGCCUCCGAAGGGCGCGGGCGUUCUGACGCAUAUUGAUGGCGCCAUUGCCGUAGAGGAAGAUCCCAACGGUUCGAGGCGAAUCCGGGUCACCUACGACGAAGAGGAACGCCAUGACUACACGCUGCCUCCCGGAGCCAUCCGGCUGGUGGAGAAGGGCGAACCGGUCGAAGAAGGCAAACUGCUGGCUGUGAUGUUGAACACCGGGCCCGCCCUGGCCUCUGGCGAGACCGAGUCCACCACCGCGUUGGCAAACGCCGACAUCGUGAACGAAAUUCGCUCCGACUUCCAGGGCGAGGCUGAAGUGACCGCCAACGGCGUCACGGUCGUGUGGCGCGAGGAAGAAUCCCGCGUGUACGAUGUCAGCUCACAAAUGAUCCUGAAAGUCGCUGACAAUCAGCAGGUGAUGGCCGGCGACGCGCUGGUGGACGGACCGCUGGAUCUCCGUGAAUUGCUGGACGUCCGCGGCCUGGAAGGGCUGCAGCAUUACCUGGUUGACGAGGUUCAAGAGGUCUACCGGUCCCAGGGAGUGAGCAUCCACGACAAGCACAUCGAGGUCAUCCUCCGGCAAAUGCUGAGGCGGGUGCAGGUCGAGACCGCCGGUGACACCGAGUUCAUCCCCGGGGACGUUGUGGACAAGUUCCGGUUCCAGGACCAGAACGCCCAGGUGCUGGCCGAGGGUGGCGAGCCGUCGACGGCGAAGACGUUGCUGCUCGGCGUGUCCAAAGCCGCGCUUACCACGGACAGCUUCCUCUCCAAGGCGUCCUUCCAGGAAACGACGAAGGUCCUCACCAUGGCGGCGGUUGCCAGCGACCGGGACUGGUUGCGCGGUCUCAAGGAGAACGUGAUCAUCGGUCGCCUGAUACCGGCGCGGCUGGAAUCUCUGCUGCAGGCGGAGAACGACUUCGCGCUGCGCGAAGCCAUGGACCAAUUCAGCCAUGAACUGGCCCCGGCCUGGCUCUCCGGAGACGGAGAGAUACCGGACGAGUUCGCCGUAAUCGACGGAGCGGAAGAGACGAUCGACGAGGAAUUGAUCGCUGGUCAGGCUCUGCCCCAACUCGGCGGCACCGGGAUCGGCGACGCCGGCUUCCAGAUCCGGACCGCGGAGGAAGAGGACGAAUUGGUGCGGCGCGCUCAGUCGCUGACGGACAACGAUUCCGAAAUCGACCGCGAAGUCGAAUUGACCGCAUCGAGGAUCUUCUCGCCGUUCGAGGAGGAGGACAACGGGGACAUCCCGCAACUGUAA